GGGCAGUCUAUUGACUCUCAACAGGAAGGUCCUACCGGGCUAUUUUUGCUCGUGUGUUUUACUGUGUUAUGGUUGGUGGUUUCGCAGUGAGGGGGACAUGAGGUGGUUACUUUUGGCAAUCAUUCCGACACAUUCGCUCACAGAAUACUGAUGUCAUGUUGACGGGCCACGUGCCCGGAAUACUUAAACUGCAAGUUCAUUUCAGAAGCAGAGAUUUAGGCUACCUUGACAGUAGCGACGUGGAGACUGUGUCCUCGAUGUACACAUUUACAAAAAAGAUGUGGAUUUCAACAAUGCAUUAUUAGGAAAUAACUACCAGUAACCAAAGUAAGUGUUCAUCAAGUGUUUGUCACAAGCCAGUCAUGCCUUCCAGAGACCCUCAGGGCUACGUUGCCCUUCUUCCUCUGCCCAUCCCAUCUCAACGGGGGGUGAAAAUACAAGCCAGAAGUGCCACUGUCUUCAAUCCAACCAUUCCAUCACGAGAUGAAGUUAGACGUUCAAAUUACAAACGUCGACUUCAGCAGUUGACAUCUCAAGGAUUUAAAUCUGUGUCCCAUAAACCCUAUCAAGGAAUUGGAGACCCUUUUUAUUUGGAAGAACAACGGCUCAUUCUACAUUCACUGGGACAGUGGGAUGGGAAUGAGGGAAGCGAUGGGUCCAGCAGCUCCGAGGAUGAGGGUAUGCAAGCAGCUCAGUUACCUAGCCCAAAGAAAACCAUGACUGCUGCCAAGUUUGUUCUCCGUAGGACACGAAAGGACCUGAAUACACUGAAAAAAGAGGUUGAAAGUGGGAGGAACAUGAUCCGGAAUGUGAAGCUAGGCCAUGGAUUGUUUCAACUCAUCAAACAUGAGAGGGAGACAAAAAGUGCAGCUCUCUAUGCUGAAAAGAGGAAGAAGGAGGAAGAGGCGCGGAAUGCGUGGCAGGCACCGAAGCGAGACAGCGACACUGACAGCGACAGUGAGGCAGAUGAGGAGCUGGGGGAGGAUGUGGAUCUGACUGGCUAUAUGGACGAGUUGAUGCAUGACGAUGAUGAGGAAGAAUUUCAUUUGACCUUGACAUCUGAACCCAUUCCUGACCCCCUGGAAAGGGACGUGUUUAGUGGGAUGGGCUAUACAGAUCUGGAUUCCAAACCAUCAAGUGCCAAGACAGUGCCUAGUGCUCGGAAGAAGAAGAAUGUACUACCACGCCCUUACACUCCCCAGCACACAAACCUGGCCGUCGUGUCAGAUGACCGAACGCCAGACAUGUCAAGACAAGCCUUGUUCCGUCAGCUGUGUGUUUUGAACUGGAUCCUAGAAGCUAUGAACAUAGAUCAAGGCUAUGACAUGUGCCCCAUCACCAAAUCCUGGAGCUUCCUUGAGAUAGGCGGCUCCAAGAUGAAUAUAAAGAGAAAGCAGCGAGAAAAACAAGCCGAAAAUAAAUGGGAGCAAUUUGUUACCAACACUUCGACUGGAAAGACCAACAAACGAAUCAGCACUCAGAAGAGCCGGGCAUCAUUACAGCGUCGUAGCACCCACCUGUACCCCCGAACAGCAUCCACAUCCAUGUCAGCCAGCCCAAGCAGCAGCUCCUCACAGCUCAACAUGAGCUCCGGACAGCUCACGCACCAUGGCCUGCAAGAUAAUGUGAUUGUGGAGGAGGCCGCGGAAACCAUUCCUGAAGAGGAGGAUGUGACCUAUAACAAAAAGAAAACGUCAGGUAUAUUCAAGUUUCUGGACGAGUACUACGAGAGUCUGAAGCGGGAGUCCCAACAGGAGGAGGAGAGGAAAGAGGCGAUGCUGGGACGGACAGACGUCCGGACAUCUCUCUCUGACCGUGGCAAAGACAGGAAAUCUGAACAUGAUGGAAGGACAUCACGAAAAUCAAUUUUGAAAUCUCCAGAGCGACCAGGAACAGACCAUGAUACCAUGGGUGGCGGACCAGAUCAGAAAGCUUCCCGUGAGCUGAGAGCAGACGUUCAUUUUAUACGACCAAAAAGUUCACCACAGCUGGUUGAGUACAUGGCAUCAUUGCCUAGCAACCGUCAUGCUGGCAUGACAACUGAAAGCAGACAGAAGUUUUCCGAGAUUCUUGAGGACAAAGCUUUAACACUUCAUGACAUUCUGGAACAGAUGGACAGAGAAAGGAUGGUGAAAUGCAGUAGCAAGCUGGUGGGGUUGAAAGCUGAAGGUCACAGUUUCCAUCGCACCUUACGAGACAUGCGUGAAUCCACAGACCGAAUCCUCCAUCGACCGGCUGAACAACAGAAGAAGGACAAGGAUAAAGCAACCAAAAGAAAUUGGUUCACAGUACUUCGUGACAGUAUACCUGAGGAGGUCCGGGAAGGGCUGUGGUAUUAUAAAACAAUCUUGGCUAAACUGGAGAGGUUUGGAAUGCCUAGACUUAGGAGGAAGUCAACCAGAGCCCAGAUCCAUCAGGUGGAGAGCACCAGCAAGCAGAGUGUAUACAAGUUCCUCAAGGUCCUGGAGACUCUGAGAGACUGGGAACUCUGCAGCCCGGACAUCUCCGCCGCCAUAGAGUUCUGCCGAGAGAAGGUCGUGGAGAUGACGGUGGAGGAGUAUGAGGAAUGGUUCCAGCAGCAGUUUCCCAAGAUACAACGGCCACAGACAGCGCCACCUAUGCUGAAGGGCAAAAAGAAGGAGGAAGUUCCUGCAACACCGGAAUUCAGUGCUGUCGCUGCCAAACCAAGAUAUGUUCAAUCUGCCUUUGUGCGCAGAUCCCAAACGUGAUCUCAGACAUAAAAUGCUGUUUUCAUUCAUAGUUUCAAACACUAUUCAGACAACGAUGGUUUUCAGUUUAAUUGCACUUGAUCUUUGAGGAGUUUUCAGGUCAAAGCUUUUCUGCUGAAUAAGAAUAUUUAAGUUGGGAACUGUGUUAACAUACUUAUCUUUAUGCUUGGUGGAGGCAAAAAGAAGGCACUGCACUUAUAUCUGGAAGGUUACAACCCAUUUGUAUAUUUACGCUGAAAAUAAAAUAAGAUCAUGUAUUUACUGGUUCCUGUAAUGAUGGUUUGUCUUUUUCUAAAAUCUAAAAAAUAUUAAUGUUUGGUUUAAAUAAACUUGACUUCAGUGAAUGUACAGUGUAACAGAAUCUUACUGACUAGAAAUGUAUUCAAAACUUCCUAUAAAUUUCACAAUAUUUUGACAUUCAGAAUGGAUGCUAGUUAUUCUAAACCCAUACCUUGUGAAGCCUUACCAUGACUUGUCCCAAAGAGUGAAUCUGCUCAAACGAAUGCAGCUUGUUGUUUAUGAAUAUCUUUCACCAAACCAAAGUUAUUGAAAGACAUACAAUCUUUCAGACUAUAGUAUGUAUAUCAUGAUCUAUGAUGUUGUGCACUAGUCGUAUGAAACUGUUCAAAGCCAAACCACAUGCCUCUUAUCCAAAGAUGAUGACAUACCAUACCUGCCUUUGAAAUCCACAGGGUAGUUGACGAGACUGUGUCUGUGCUGUAGUGUCAUAUGUGUCUUUUAAUGUCAUUUGGAUCAGUAUUUGUAGUUUCUACAAGAACAUUAAUACUGUUGAAUAUGCCAAAAAUGUUUCUUGUCCGGAGAACAUGUUGCAUGUUGGAUAUUUAUGUAUUGUUUUAAGAUUGUUAUUUUUAAAUGUAAUAGUUUUCUAUUGCAUUCUGCAUUAACAUGCAAAAAUCUGUUGUCAAAGAAUGAUGCAUGUGAAAGGUUUUAUAGCACUCUCCUAAGCAUUUUUCAUCUACAAAAUGCACUGUGAAAUUCUUGUUAAGCAUUCAAAAGCUGAUUUUGAUUUCCACAAAUUAUUAAACAAAUGCGCAUCAUUGUGUAGAACAAAUAUGGUAUGUGGGAACUAUGAUACUACAAUGAUAUAAGUACCAGUGAACCCUGAUAUAACCUGCCAUGAUGUGCUAUUCAUGUGUCUGGGAUGGGGUGGAGGGCUAUUCACUGCACAGAGUUGUCUCCCUUAGGCAUGUCAGAAACCGACAAUUUGGUUCAAAUCCAGGAUUUGUCUUGUUUCUGUUUCUAGGUUUGUCAGCACCAUAACCACACUUGUUGAUAUAUAGAAUGAAGUGGAGAAUCCCAAACAUCAACAUUGAAACUUCAAGUUGACAUGUUGUGAUAUAACUGAAAUACUUUUUAAGCUGUAUUAUCUCAAAUCAACUCACACUCUUAUAUCAGGUCACACACCACUACAUUGUGUCAGGAAGGAGUAAUGCUAUUUCAGCUGCAAGCGUUUUUUACCAACAGUUCUUGUGCCAUUGAAAGUGAGAUUUUGUUCAAGUGUUUCCAUGUUUUUGCAUUUUACAAUUGAAACAAGCUAAUUACAGUGGUGUUUUUUUAGUUUUUUAAGUUAGAUAUAGUGCAUCUCAUCAAACUAUAGUGGUAUGCAACUUGUUUGGUUUUGAAACACUGAUUACUAUGUGUGGUCUUCAUGAUGAAGUUGUCAUAGAGUCUGUUGUUUAUUUCGAGAAUAAGUUGAGGGAAAAAAGAAAAACAGAAUUCUUAAUGCAGGAACAUUUCUAGAUUAACAAAUAUCCAUCUAACACUGGGUGAGGUGAAAUUGGGUUUAACGUCGUGUCUAACACUGGGGCAUAUAUGAGGUACCUUUGCACUAACAUCACACUUGUUUGUGGAAGUAUGGCUGCCAUACAGCUUGAAUAUUGUUGAAUGCAGCAUAAAACUAAACUCACUCACUCAUUGUAGAAGUAUCACUGCCGAGACAGUAAUAUGGUUGGGAAUGAUGGGCCUACACUGAGAAUAAAGAGACAAUAUUUGAAAUUCUUUACUAAAUUUAUUUUCUUUUUGAUACCAUUAUGUAUACUUCAAGACUUGUAUUCACUGUUAUUCCAUGAUGAGAAUUAAUGGUAAUUACUAUAUGGACACAAGUAAAGACCAUGGACUAGUUUAUCAGGAUGUCCAUCCUAUUCUCCAAACAACUGACCACCAUUGGAAGGAAACCUGUCAUGAAUUGUCCAUAAUAGUGUUGACUUUGACUUCGACCGAAUCACAUAUCUGUAUGACACAUAAAACACAAGAGUUAUAACAUAUUUCUUUAUUGAUUUAACAUUAUAAGAUUAUUUACACUUUUAAUCUUUGAUUUGUAGGUAUGAUUUUGUACUUGUUGUUUUCCUCUUGACCUUAUUUACAUCUUCAUUGUUAAUGCUUCUGUUUUGACCGAGAAGCUGAUAUCGUUUGAUAGAUAUAAGGUGUACUUGUUGAGUUUACUGAUGGUUGAGUUUUGUGGACGUUUACAAGUAUUUGUCUAUUUUUCUGUAAAUACCAUGUAUGUUAAUGACCACGGUAUCUGUGAUAUUGUAUUUGAUACAUAAUUUAAUACCUCAGUUGAAGUCAUGUAGAAAUAUAUUACUGUGUAUAUAUUCCAUAUAUGUGGGAUGAAUAAGGCUAUUAUCAAUAAUGCAUACAUUUCAUAUGUGGCAUGAAUGCCUGUUAUCAACAAUACUUACAUUUAAAAUAUAUUCUAUUGAUUCUUUGAAAAUAAUAAUAAUUAUUAUUAACUAUUAAAUUAUUUUUACAUAAUUAUAAUACGGCAGUCCUCUGAUUUAUGUAAGGACAUACAAAAAGGAAUGGCCCUUACCAAAGUCAGCUGUGGAAAUCAGCAGCUUAUUGGGUUUUUUUCUGAACAAACAUAGCAGGAUGUUUGAGGUAUGACAAUUGGUUUAAAUGUUGAUUGUGUAAAUGUACUUACAUAUGAAAUAUAAGUAUGUAUGACAGUUCAAACAUAAUGACAGAGAUAAACAUUUUUAUGUUGAGUAUCUCAUUUCAUUGUUUUGUCCAUUGCAUUUGGAAAGUUCACUGCACUCUCACAUUUUAAUUAAACAAAGGCAUUGUACUGAAUACAAUUUGUAAUUUUGACCUGAAAUAGCUGAGUUGUUUUCCUUUGAAAAAAUAUCAGCUUUGAAUUUGCACCAGUAAAUUGUUGCCUGUAAUUACUAUCAUGUUUUUCACCAUUCUUGUUACUUAAUUUUACACAUUCAAAGAAUUAUGUAAUACAAAACAAUAGAUUUUAUGACUUUACAGGAUUAUGUGGUAGAACACAUUAAAUGAUUAAUAUGUGAUGAUAAUGAUACACUGUUUACUUAUAGAGAUUAAUGAUACAAUAAAUGCUUGGUAGGUUAAUCCUUGAUGAAGUGAGGACAUUUGAUAUUCGUGGCUUUGUUAUUGUGUAUAUUCCGGUAUCUUAUUCCACAGUGGCAGUAAUCAUGAUAAUAUGAUGUAGCCAUGAACUUCAAUAAAAAUGCUUUGUUAUAUAA